UUUUAAGACAUUCCCUGAACAUAACUCCGGGAGUUACCGACCCCCUCCGUGCACGAAUGGGUGUAUUAUUAUUGGUCAUACGGACAGGGCUUGAAGCAGGUCGGUACUCACCGAUACCUUUUUGUUUCUCUCUCCAGAGUACUGGGAACGUUUCUCGCAUACUGGUACCUCUGGUAAUCUGCCGGUAGUGUAUAACAAGCAUGAGGACGUCAACACUGACUGCAUCAUUUCCAGUUGUAUCCAGCACGACGUACCUGGGGAGAACUUCCUCAUCCUUUGCCAGCUGAGAUGGAGGCCGGUGGUGCCAGCUGGCCGACAGUGUUGGCACCCCCCUGUGGCCAGGAGAAUGGCACCGGGCAGGUCUUCGAGGUAGCGGUGCAGAACGGCUCAGCCAGUCGCGGCUCCCAGUUUGCAGGCGUGGAGCUCCUGCAGUCCUUCAAGGGGGUCAUCAUCCCGUGUUACGCCCUAGUAGUUCUGAUCGGGGUGUUCGGCAACUAUCUGCUGCUUUAUGUCAUCUGCCGCGCCCGCAAGAUGCACAACGUCACCAACUUCUUCAUCGGCAACCUGGCCUUCUCCGACAUGCUCAUGUGUGCCACCUGCGUGCCCUUCACGCUGGCGUACGCCUUCAACCCUCGCGGCUGGAUCUUUGGCCGCUUUAUGUGCUACCUGGUGUUCCUCAUCCAGCCCAUCACCGUCUACGUGUCCGUCUUCACACUCACCGCCAUCGCCGUCGACAGGUACUAUGCCACUGUGCACCCCCUGAAGAAGCGCAUCUCCGUGCCAGCAUGCGUCCACGUGCUCCUGGGCAUCUGGCUGCUGUCAUGCGGGCUGGUGGCUCCGGCCGUGGCCCACACCUACCACGUGGAGUUCCGUGAGGAGGGCUUCACCAUCUGCGAGGAGUUCUGGAUGGGCCAGGAGCGCCAGCGGCUGGCCUACGCCUACAGCACGCUGCUCAUCACCUACGUGCUGCCGCUCUCUGCGCUCUGCAUUUCAUACCUGUGCAUCUCUGUCAAGCUGCGCAACUGCGUGGCGCCGGGCCACCAGACGCAGAGCCAGGCAGAGGCGCAGCGGGCGCGCAAGCGCAAGACCUUCCGGCUGGUGGUACUGGUGGUGGUGGCCUUCGCCGUGUGCUGGCUGCCCAUCCACGUGUUCAACGUGCUGCGCGACAUCGACAUCGAUCUGAUCCACAAACGCUACUUCCUGCUCAUUCAGCUGCUGUGCCACCUGUGCGCCAUGAGCUCCUCAUGCUGCAACCCCUUCCUGUACGCCUGGCUGCAUGACCGCUUCCGCGCCGAGCUGCACAGGAUGUUCUCGUGCCACCGCCGCAUCGGCGUGCCCGCCGCCAACUGCCCCGCCGCCAGCAUGGUGCUGUGAGAGGGCACCAGGGGGGUAGCCAAAACAAAUUCACCGAGAUAAGCCCGUCUCUGGCUAAUUAGCGACUUAGUGUCGCCCUGACGGCAUUCCAAAGCGAUGCUGAAAUUGUGUGUAUGAUGUCACUUCCUGCCAGACAUCAUAUCUAAGAACAACGGGCAUCAAAAAUCCUAUAGGCAGAUGGCACCUUGUACUAGCCGUCCUGUUUGGUUGGUCAGCUGGUGCCGCAUUCUGACCCUCCCUUGCAAAACAGGAAGAUGACAAAUGACAACUAGUUAAUACUAGUUCAUGAAAUUUUGCUUAAACUCCCAAAAAGCGUUGGGCCAGCCCUGCUGACAUCAUCUCUAGACAUGGUGUGGACUGAGGAGGGACAGUCUGUUAGUAAGAGAUACCAAUCCAAGGCACACAGGGUCAAGACCUCGGAAUGCAGAACGCUGAUGACAGCAAGUGGUUCAGCAGUUACUGAUUCAACUGCCUAAAGGAGUUUUGCUGUCCUGCCUCUGAGAAAAGUACAGGCAGUCACCAGGUUUCAAACGGGAUCCGGCCCCUAAGUCUGUCUUUAAGUCCAAUUAGUAGGUAAGUCAGAAAAACAAUAAUACAUGCGGUACAGAGCCAAAGAACCACUGAAGCCGUGUGUUAUGAAUAUGACAAAGUAGUGUUUGUUAUUAUGAACCACUGUAUUUAACCCAAAUUUUUAAUAUGCUUUAUGGCACUCCAUUCGUAAGUACGAGUUAUCUGUAAGUCGGACAUUCUUCAACCGAGGACUGCCUGUGCUUGACCAUCUGUAUUUAUCCAUAUUGAUGGAUGAACGUUGCCUUGGGUAACAGUAUCAGUGAGUGAACAUACUUCCACAGGCAUCUGCAGAGUGUAUGACUGGGGUAGAGCAAAUUCAUAACAAAUGAGUCAAAAUUCACAAUAACGGCCUGCCAUUUCUAUUAUUUAUCUGUCUUCGACACCCAGAGUAUUUUUAAAGCAAUCCGUACAUAACAUUUCAGAGCACAGAUUUGCAAGCUUUGAUCUGGAAUCUAUAGUUCAAACAGUGACCAGCCCACAAAAGAACUGAUGGAUUUAACAAUAACAUUAAGUGAAUAAAGGUUUUUGUUUUUGUUCCUCCUUGAAAACAUUUUGAUUGGAUAAAGCUCUUCUCUGAUUUGCAUUUUAACGUUA